AUGAUCCUCGAUGUUCUCGGGGCCCCUUUGUCCUCGCAGGUUUUUCUGCGAUGGGCGAGGGGCCAGCAUCUCAGGGCAGGUAGUGCGGUUUUUCGGGCUAUUGGGAUUCAUUUUUCAUCCUGGCCGUAUUUGCUCCUCCGCUUGCACCCCGAUGGUGGGUAUACCCAGGCCGACAAGCAGCGCGUCGCCAAGUUGCUCCUGGAUGCCCCGAGGCACGAUCUUGACGUGUACAGUUUCGGUUUGCGAAGCAGGUUUCCAACAGAGAGGCUUUUGCUCGGCAUGGAGUGCGUUGCCACAGUUGCGCACGAUUUCGACAACAACCCCGCUGGCAUCGACGCGAUCGAACGGCUCAAUGCACACUUGACAACCAACCACCCGAGGCGAGCCCCAGCUCGCGCUUUCGCCAACGCCGCUCGCCAGUUCGUGAUCCAUGAGGCCGCAGUCGCGCACAUGGCGGCUGGUGGCGACCACCCGUUGGCCACGCGAGCUUAUACUUCAGAAGGCCGGGAGUACUUGUGCCAAACGUGCCCUCUUUUGUUGCCCAAGGCGGCGUGCCCCCCGACCGUCGUCGACGAUGUUUCUAGCCAGCGCCUUGCCCGCGCUUCGCCGUGCCCCUCGAUCAUCGACCGCGCGCCCGGCCAGUGCGAUGAGUCUCCUUCGUCGUCCACGCAGGCUGUGGCAACAACGUGCAUCGCGGACGCCAUCACUGGAUAUGGCCAGCAACUCGAGCAGGAUUUAGUUGACGAUGAGACAUUGUUUUUUGGCGACGCUGUCGAGCUCGCGCGGACAGAGACCACUUUUGCGGAGCCAACUGGCAUUCAGACUGACGUCGUGGACGGGCCCCCGCCAAAGAGAGGUUUGUCUCCAAUGAUGUUAGAGCGGAACGCAUAUAUUCAUUCAGUCAAGGUUGCUAAAGGGUCGCCUCUCACAUGGGGCGAAAUCAAAGCGGCCCGCGCAGCGUUCUCCGAGAGAUGGGAGGCGCUCACGCCGGAGGCCCGGGGUGGGUUUGUGGAAGCGUACAAUGAGUGGCGCAUCGAGACAACAGUGCGUGAUACCUUGGAGCUUCCAAAAUAUAAAGGCAUAUGGGGAGGCGGGUCAACCUCUUAUCCAGUCACACCCGAAGAAUUCCAUAGUUGGAUCGUGCAUCACGGAUGGCCCAAAGACCCCGAGAUAUUCGACGAGUUCGCUGAAUGCGACGUCAACCCCGACUCCAGUGGACCAUUCGCUGAUGCUGCUGAUUACUUUGUCUGGGGCUCGGGGCGCGCUGCGAGAAAUGUCCACAGGUCGCAAGUUCGUUCCGUUCACCAGUUUAACCUCGUUGAGGCUGGCUUCAACAAUUUCUUGGAGAGCAUCGGCAAGGACGACGCGGAGUCAGGAGAGGUGAUGCUGAUGGUCGUUGGCGCACCUUUGCUUGCUCCUGAUGGCGCUUAUCAGCGGCGCUCGUUUGUGGUGUCUGGAAUUUCGUGGAACCCGAAGGCGAGAGAGGUCCAGUAA